AUCGAAUCAUCGGAUUGCACCGCUUGGGAAGAAGAACUUCGGAAUGGAGCGGACGAGCAGCGGCAAGGUGGGCGGGCCGCCCGAGCCCUUAGCCCAGGACAGCGACGACGUCAAGAUCCACAGCCUCGUGGAUCAGGCGCUAGCGAGCGUCCAGCACAAGAUCAACAUCCAUUCGAUCCGCAGUCUCUUUAGCUUUAUGGGCAUUGGCGAGGAGCACCCGUUCUCGGCGCUGCCGCAGGCGCAGCUCGUCCUGCGGCUUCGGCGCAACUUGGAGUACUUCCUCGUCAACUACAUCCUCGUGUUUGGCCUCGUCUUCUUCUGCGUCUUGAUCUUUCAUCCGUUUGCCAUGCUAUGCGGCGUGGCGACCAUCGGCGCCUGGGCCACGGUGCUCGUCCAACGCAAGCAAAUCCAGCUUCUGCUGGGGCCUAGCUUCAAGAUGAUCUACGUGGUCUACGGCCUCGCUGCCGGCACAGCGCUCGUGCUCAUCUUUUCGCUGCUGUCACCGCUACUGCUUGCGACCAGCAUCACCGGCGUCCUCGGCAUCGCGCACGCAUUGCUGCGCAAUACGCCAGCGUCCGACAAGGUCGACGUCCUCCUCGAAGACCACCCGUAAUACACUGUACAUCGCCCACGGCCAUGUGACCAGAGACACUUCACUCCAACUGCCAGUGUUUUUUACUCCAAAAUUGAUAAUUUCUCAAGUGGCGGACGACGACGGCGCGCCUUUGACCAUGCGAACGGUGCGCCCACGGGCGUCAUAGCCCAUGCGGCACGUGUGCAGCAGCACGUUCUCGACGAGGGGGAUCUUGAACGGAAGGUACGGCAGCGACAAGAGGCCAUACAACGUCCGGAUCCAAAACAUAAUGUUCUGGCGCUGCCACGUCAUAUCCAGCAGGCUCUGCGCCGCGAGCGCAAGCCCCAUUGUAAAGCAAAACGCGAUCGUCUCGUAGCCACAGAGCUUCAU